UAGAAGGAGGAGGCUAUUCUAUCACUGGAAGAUAACCAGGAAAUCCAUCGCCAGUUUAUGGUCUUCAGUUUCACACCGGGACGCGUGGACAGGAUGGAGGACCUGAAGACAGGUGUGGUGGCUACAGAGACAGACUGCCCAAUCUGUUACGAAUGCCUCACAGGCACAGCUAGAACUCUAAGCUGUUCUCACACGUUCUGCCAUGACUGCCUAGUCAGAACCUUGGUCAGCAUCAACAAGGAUGGGGUUAUCACGCGGGAUAGUAUUGUCUGUCCCAUUUGCAGGCACCUUACAUUUAUCGCUAAACAAGAUGACCCCGUGGUGACUAACAGUCUGGACGCACAGACAGAGAAGACUUUGGAAGUGCCUUUACUUAAUGCCCAACCUGACAGGAGUCGGUGUCCAAACGUCUCACCUGUGAGUACAUCUUCUGGACGUUUCGAUUGGAUUACGCGAUAUUUCAGAGGGGUAUCUGAAAGGUUUCACUCACGGGGUUGGACCAGACCCAGGAAAAUCCCAUCGGAGAUUUUCAUUAUUAGUGAACUUGGCCGACCGAUGAAAGAGGACGAUAUAAGUGUUCUCCCAGCGACAACAGUAUUUGUUCCAAAUCAAAUAAGACGCAGACGAGUGAGAAUUUGUACAACUGGGCGAUGUUUACUGUUCCUUUUAUCAGUUUUCUCCAUUCUAGCUCUUAUAACCGUAACAUUACCUUGGAUUCUGCUGGCAUAGACUAAUGGAUUCGUCAUAUGGCACAGAUGUGAACGGCUUUAAUAAUUCGCUGCUGAACUUACAAAUCAGUCAAGGAUUUUUUUUUUACCAUGUCUUCAUGUUUUACUGUGAAAAACAGUUAAUUGAUUAUGUAAUUACUUUGUAGGCUAAUUACACCAUGUCUGCCCAGCCUAUUAUUAAUGAAAACAUAUUAUGUAGCCUAUGUUGACAUAAUUCGUUUUAAAGACUGUGAAAUAGAUAUGCACUAAGAAGAUGAGUUAACCUAUGAAGAAGAUGAACUGAGCGCAAGAAUGGUUCUCAGGUUAUCAGGCAAUGGUUAUCAAGUUUCAGGUCUGUGGUGAGGUAUAAGUGGGGGUGAAGUUAUGUAAUGUGGAACUGACUGUGCUAUUUGUCAAAGUUUCUGGGACACUGCUGUGAUUUUGCAUAACUCUAAAGUUACCAUGCUCAUGUCUAAGAGGCCUAUGUGCAUUUCUUUCCAUGACACUCCUCCCUUUAUCUGUUAUUUCCUGUCAGACUGGUUCUAGUAACUGGGUUGAGAACACCCACUGAUGUAUCACUAUAUGAGAUGUGAUUUAUUCUUAAUUUGACCAACCAUAGCUCUACAAAACACAAUUAAUGUAAAGUGUUUUUAAUAUCAAAAUGUUAUGUUCUGUUAAAGACCUUUCUUUUUAAGCAAUAGAAUCAACAAAGAAACGGGAUCAUUAAAAGAUUCACUACACUGA